AUGAAAGAUACCAGUAAGCCGAUACCCUCUGUAAACACAAAUGAAUUCUUCAUCACUUGGGAAGAGGAAUCAAGAGAAUUUCAGAGUAUGUACGAAGGAGAUCGCGGGCCCGGUAGGAUCCAGCCGGUAAAUAUCUCGGGUUUUGUUGAUCAAUCACUGUAUACUGCCAAGCAUUCGCUAUGCUUUUACCUGCAGAGCUCAGCAGGACAUCGGGAUUGCCGCUUUCAGAAGAAACUGCGGUUCACGCGCAUAGUUGAUGGCAUGUUGUACACUUGCGAUGACGUUUACGAAUCGCCUGAUAGACAGGAGUGCACGAAACGAUUUGAAGGCAGGUUACCAGUCUUGCGUCUCAAGGGUCCCACGUAUCUGUUUUCUCGCACUACUCACUUUCCGCACCUUCUUGAGGAGGUUGCUGACGCCGCGCUUUGGCUCCACAAGCACAACAUGUCUUACUUUUCUCAUGUUCUGAUCGAUCAUAUGGGAGGUACAUGUGACACCUUCAGGAGUUACCAUAGUGGAGGCUGGGCUCCGACAGGCUCCCCAAUUUCUUCCUCGCUUCAGUUCGCCAUGCUAUCCACCAUAUCGAGGGGCAUCGUAUUCGCUUGGGGGGUACGGGAGCAUCGCACAGUGUGUGUCGAUGCUCCUUGGAGACGGUACCCUGCCUUGAACCCAGACAAGUAUCAUUUCUUCGACCGGGACGCAUCCAACAAACCGUCAAUCUGUGCUAGGUUUCGCAGGAGGAUCACGGAUCACUUUGGAAUAUCUGCCAACCUUGCUUCGCGAAGGCCACCUCAGGUUCUGAUUUUGCAGAGAACCUCCGGCGGACGCAGGAUAACCAAUCUCAAGGAUGUCGUCAAGUUAUCCUUGUUCAGCCAAUACAAGGCAGACGUCAGAUUCGUUGAGUUCGCCAAGGGGAAGACUUGGUCUCCUAAGGCGCAGAUUGAGUACUUCGCUCACACGGACAUCCUGAUAGCUCAUCAUGGUGCUGCAGUCUCCUUGUCGAGUGUGAUGCAGCCUGGCAGUUUAGUCAUCGAGAUCUUCAAUUAUCGGUGUAAGUGCACAUACUUCGACAGCCUCUAUCACGGUUGCGGUCUGCUGAGUGAGAAAGUAUUCAACCAAGGGGGUUCUGAAUAUGGCGUUGAACAAUGCAGCGGAAACAACCGCAAGGACUCCAGCGACGACGCUGCAGUCAAUGUCCAUCGCAUUUCCGAGAUCUUGACAAGUUACUUUAGACGCAAGUAUGGACGGUAA